AUGUCUGACAACCUUCUAUAUGGCCCAUUACCUGGCUCUUUUGCUGGUCUUCGUAGGCUAAAGUGGUUGGGACUAUCGCGAAACUAUUUUCUCAAUGGAUCGAUUCCUUCGGAUGUUAUGGUGGGCAUGCCAUCUCUAACGCACCUAGAGCUCCAUUACAACAACUUUACAGGAAACAUUCCCAUGUUUAAUGCGUCUUCUCCUGUUGUACUACUUCGCUUGGACGUUAACAGCCUGACAGGAAGCAUUCCGCAUUCAAUCACAGAGAUCAAGGCUCUCCAGCAAUUGCACCUCAACAAAAACUAUCUAGAUGGAAGCAUUCCAAAAGGCAUUAGCCAGCUGGAUCGUCUUGAGAUACUUGACUUGAGUGACAACUAUCUCAGAAAUGAAGUUCCUCCACUCGACAAAUGCACCAAUCUUGGCUAUCUCGACCUCCACGGAAACUUGAUACGGAGCAAAAUGCCAACGUUUGGUGCAUGCACUAACCUUGUUUACUUGGAUCUCUCAACGAACGAGUUCCAGGGAGAGAUUAGCUCAAGGCUAGGGAAUUGCUCCCAGCUCAAGGUUGUCAACUUUGCGCAGAACAAUUUCACGGGUGAGGUGCUGCUUGACUUGAGUAACUUGACAAGCUUGGUCUUCUUUGUCAUUUCCAACAACACGUUGAGCGGCACAAUUCCAGCAAAAAGCUUGAAUUCCACUUAUCUCAGAGUCAUGGACUAUAGUAGGAACCAUUUCACAGGCGAGAUCCCUCAAGAAACUUGCAGCUGGUCAGGAAUUAUGAUAUUGUCUUUUGCAUACAACAAGCUGUUUGGCCAGAUUCCAGAUUGCACCACCAAUCUCAUUUGGCUCCAAAUUCUAGAUCUGUCAAACAAUAAACUCACAGGGCAGCUGCCACGCGCGCUUUGGAAGUUUCAAGGUUUCAAGGGCAACACGAGUGGGGAUUUGAAUCUUGGCAUUUACACAGGGGUAGAGUUGAGCCUGGUCAUCAUAGUCAACGACGCAAGGAUACAGUUUGAUCGGACAACGAUCGUUGUUGCAAACAACAUGACUUCAUUGGACAUCUCAAGCAACUCUCUCGAGGGUGUCAUCCCAGAAGAAAUUGGGCAACUGGUUGGACUAAUGCAUCUUAACCUCUCGCACAACCAGUUCACCGGUGCCAUACCUCUCAACCUUUCCAGCUUGAAAAAGCUUCAGUCGCUUGACUUAUCCUGGAACAUGCUCCAAGGCAGGAUCCCAAACGAGUUUGGGGAGUUGCCUUUGUCAGCCUUUAAUGUUUCAUUCAACAACUUAAGCGGAUUGGUCCCAACUGCAUACAAUUUAAACACUCGGUUUCCACUUGCAUUCCAAGGCAAUAAGAACCUUUGUGGGUUUCCAUUGUCUCCUUGUGGCUAUGCAACAAAGGAUCAAGAGCACCCUGCAAGUCACAAAAGUUGGGAGAAGGACUUCCUCUUCCGUGAGGCUUCAGUGUGGGCAUUUGGCUGCGGUGUGUUUAUUGGCUUUUGGGUCACAUUUUUAGGCAUCACGUUCUGGGACAGCCUUCAAAGUUGGAGGUAUAAGCUUCGGGCAAAGGAACAUGAGGACGCAUCUAUUGGCCUCAGCAUACCUUCAUUUCUUCCUCGUCUUGGCAGUUCUUAA